GGGAAUAAAGGGAUCGGGGUGGAGGGCAAAGAGGAGAGAAGGUGUUCCCAGGACGCGGGAAGUGCUACCCGACGUUUGCUCCAAGUCCCUCCAGCUGCGGCCACACCCACUCCUUCGCCUGCAGUACAUACUGUGUCCCAGGCACUGUGCUGGUUACUGGGGAGACAGCUGUGAACAAAAUCGACACAGUCCCUGCCCUGGCGUUGCUGAUGUUUUGGGGGCAGAAAGACAAUGAUCAAGUAAACUAAUACAUGAACCAGUAAAUUCCAGACGGAGUUAACUUGCCACCGCCGAAACAGGUGGUAUGGCGGAGGAUGGCUGGCUCCUCUGGCCAGGGGGCCCACGGCAGCCCUCCGUGAGGAGUGGCCUGUGAGCUGAGAGCUGGAUGACGAAAAUGAGCUAUGGCAUCUCAGGAAAGAGGCUUCCAGGCGCAAGAACAGCAGGGGCAAAGCCUGGGGGCAGAAGGCAACCAAACAGAAAGUAAGCAUGUGUGAGGGGGGAUCAGCAACAAGGUAAAACGGUCUCACUGAAUUUUCCCGACAUUCUUGGCAAGAAGGAUUAUCAUUAAGAGGAGGACAGAGAGGCUCAGAGAAGUGAAGACACCUGCCUGGGGUCACACACAUGUGAGUGCUGGAGCCUGCACCUGAACGGCUUCCUCCUCCGAUAUGUCAGGCUUCUUUGGGGGAGGCAAAGGUUACAAACACACACACAAGCAGUCUUCCAGGAGCCUGAGCCUCUCCGAGGACCAAGAGGCCUACAGGGAGCCCUCCCAGGCCUCAGGGCUCCCCCACGGGGACUUGAGUCUGGUGCCAAGGGCCUGGGCUCUAACCUGCUGGGUCACAGCUCUUCCAUGUGGCCUUGGGCUGGCCUCAACCCUGUCUCAUGCCUCAUCCUUCUUCCAGCCUGGCCUGAGGGAGACCUCAGCCCCAGGGGGAGGGUGGUGGGGCAGCCAGUGUGGGGGACCUCUCAGCCCCCAGAGCAGGGAGGGAGGCAGCGAGGCGGGCUCAUGCAACCUAGUGCUGCCCCCUGGUGGCAAUGGCCAGGAUGACGGGCGCCCUCAUUCCUUCACCCUCAAAGCACUCCAAUUCCAUUGGCACCCGGGACCCAACUCUGUGUUAGGAGCUGUCAUUCCCAAAAUCCUUGGGGAAGAAGGCAGUUCCCAGCCCAAGGCCGAGAUGUGUAACCAAGUCUAUCCAAGCCCCCGGGUCCUGGAGAGUGACAUCAGGAGAUGCUAAGCCAAAAGAGGUGCGUUGUGAUGAGUGUCAUUCAUCCAUUCAUUCAUGUUCGUUGAGCACCUCCUCCUUGCCGGGCGCUGGGGGAUACAGCAGGCAUCAAGUCUCGGACACCAGUGCCUGUAGGGGUGUGGAUGCGCUCCAACAGCGACAGGAGCCCUGAGCACAGAGUGAGGUGAGGGUGACAUCACCACGUCACUGGGCAUCUGGGCCGGAACGCCUAAUUGGAGUUUAAGACUCUGAGGUGUGGAUGUCACGGGUACCGGAGAAGAGCUGGAGAAAGAGGUCAGCGGGUCGCCUGGGAGAGCUGGGGCUGCAGCAGUGACCGCACAAGAUGUGGUCUUUUCCUUUUUCCACAAAGAGGGCACCUUUUGAGGGAAUUAGGAAAGGGCUUCCUCAAAACUCUUUUCCCCUCCGUCUGCUGAAAAACGGCUGUAAUGAAUCACAAACCUGUGCGCCUGGGAUGCACGUGGCACUUGUUAAGCCCCGCAUACCUUGCCCGCAUGCCCAGUUUCCCUCUCUUCCCAGGUUAUGAAAUCUCACAGCUGGCAUCAUGAGAGGCCUCUGUCAGCCCAAGGUGCUGAUGGCUUCGGAGGAAGCUGAGUCCCCAACGAUCGUCAUUAUUGUCACCAUUCUCAGUAGCAGCAAGGAAGUUGUGCAACCUGAGCACACGCAGACCCCUGCUGGAAUAACUGUGGCCAGCAGAUGGCGCUGUGGGAGAGCCGGGAGGGUGACCCAACCACGUUAUACGUAUAUUAAUAAAGCAGAAGCGGACUGAGCACUUGGCUAUUCUCUCUGAUGACUGGAUUCCUCUGCUGUAGACGGUGACGAUGGUCUCAUUUUUCCUCCCGAUACCUGUUGUGAUAUAGCUUUGCACUCCUACCACAAGGGGGUGACAUGCUCCAUCCCUCGUCCUGGGCUCAGCCAAUCGCUUGCUUCCGUCAAGGCAACGUUAGCAGAUGUCCUACCAGAAGAGGCUUGACGUGGGCAUGCACCGUGGAGCUUGCCUCACUGCACCUGCCGUCACCAUGAGACUAUCCCCACUGAGGAUGACAAACAAGUGGGACAGAGUCCAGCUGUCCCCGUUCCUCCAACAAGGCUGGUCUAGAUGGGCUGCUAGCCAGAGGACCCCCAGCGAUGGCAGGAAGCCAGGCCGACGCCAGAGGACCGCUCGGCCUGAAUCACCAAUCACAGACUCACCAAGUAAAUAUUUUUCGUUUCAAGCCACUGGCCUUCGGAAUGUUUUUUUAUGCAACAGUAUUGUGGCCAUAGGUAAUUGUAAUCCCUACGUUUUUUAGAAAUAGGGAUGAUGAAGGCUUAUUAACAGAAACCAAGUAGUCUAUUUUUAUGCUAAAUCCAAGUCCCACGCAAGGAAAUCUGAUUGGCCUGGUUCAAGUCAGGCAUCCACCCUUGAGCCAGUCAGCCUUGGCCAUAUAAUAAAAAAAUACUACUGCUGGAACCCGUUCCGCUGGGUGAGGACAGAUCUGAGAAUUGAUCAUGUGGUUCAAGUAUAAUUUGCUCAUAAUUACUACAAUGCUAUGUUGCAUUAUUUAAGUAAGUCUUCUCUGUGUGAUUUCACCAUCAAAUGUAUACAAGUUAGAUUCAUUUGUCUUUUGUUUUACACUUAUAAAGACUGCUUUUCUUUUUUUACUGACUUUUUGGCCCCCACUUCCCAAUUUUGUUUUAAAAAAAGUUCAAACAUACCGAAAAGUUGAAAUAAUUGUACAGCAAACAUCCCCAUACCCACCACCUCAGUCCAAUCCUACACUAGCCGACAUUUCCUGUAUUUGUUUUUUCACAUAAUGUCCAUCUAAUAACCUUAUUUUUUGACAGAUUUACAAGUAAGGUGGAGCUAUCAGUACACUUUCCUCUUAAACCCUUCAGCUUGUAUAGCAUUAACUACAGUUCAAUAUUUGCUCUUUUUUCUUUAAGGUUUACAUACAAUGAAAUGCAGAAACCUUAAUUGUGCCAUUCCAUGAGUUUUGACAAAUGCGCACAACCUGUGUGAUGCAAACCCUUAUAAAGAUACAGAAAAUCUCCAUCACCGCAGACUUCCCACAAGCCCUUUCCUAAUAAGUCCUCACCCCAUGGGCAAGCAUUGUUCUGAUUUUUUCCAUUACAGGUGACUAUUACUUUUCUGGAAGUCCCUGUAAAUGGGAUCAUGCAGUCGGCCCUCUUGUAUUAAGGGUUCUUCCAUUCUGUGUGAGGUACUUGAGAUUCAUCCAUGUUGCUGCAUGUAUGACUUCUUUCUAUUGGUGAGUGGCUUCCCAGUGUAUGAAAAUACUACUUUGUUUAUCCAUCCCUUAGUGCACCAGAGCGCUUUCCCAUUUGGUGCUCUUAUGAAUAAAGCUGCUAUGAACAUUUGUGUAUGUCUUUUCUUGUAGACAUUAGUCUCCCUUUUCUUGGGUAAACACCUAGGAACAAAAUACCUGGGUCACAGGGUAGGUUUAUUUAGUUUUGUAAGAAACUUCCAGACUUUUUAACAGUCCCAUCGAGUAACGUCUGAUGAGAGUUUUGGCCACUGUUUCAUGUUGUCUGUCUUUGAAUUUUUUAACCCCUCAGGUGUGCAAGUACAAUGAAUUUUGAAAAGUGAAUACACCUACAUAAUCAUGAUAGAAUAUGUUCAUCAUUCUAGAAAAUUCUCUCAUGCCCUUUACCAUCAACCCUCCACUUUCAGCCCAGAAGCAGCUGCUAUUCUGAUUUCUAUCACCAUAGCUUGUUCCUAUUUGGAACUUCAAAUAAAUAGAAUCUAAUAUAUGUACUCUUUUAUGCUGGGUCUCUUCUGCUCAAAAUCAUUUUGAGGUGGAUUCAUCUUGCUGACUACACCAAUAGUUUGUUUCUUUUAUUGCUGAGCAGUAUUCCUCGGUAUGAAUGUACACGAUUUGGUUAUAAUCAGCUCACCUGUUGACAAAUAUCCCUAAAUCUUGGCUGUUAGGAAUAAAGCUAUUGCGAAUUUUCUCAUACAGGCCUUUUUGUGGACAUAUGUUUUUAUUGCUCUUGGGUAAAAAUCUGGGCGUGGACUCACUGGUCACAGGUGGCAUGUUUACCUUUUUGGGAAACUGACAGUUUUCCAAGUUAUGGACCAUUUUACUCUCACACCAGCAGUGUUUGAGGCUUCUAGCAUUCAAGAUCCUUGUCAACACUUGAGCUUGUCUUGUUUUUAAACUAAGCAAUGGGACCUAUGAUUUUGAAUUUGCAUUUCCUAGAUGGCCAGUAAUGCUGAGCACCUUAUCAUGUGUAUACCUGCCAUCCCUGUGUUUUCUUCCUUUAAGUGUCUGUCUGUGAUGUUUUGCCUACUUUUAAUUUUGCAUUUAAAAAAUUAUUGAGUUGAAGGAAGUCUUUUAUAGCCUGAAUACCUGUCCUUUGUCACAAAUAUGUGCUGAAAUGUUUUGUUCCCGCCUUUUAAUUUUAUUGAUGGUGUCUUUUGAAGAGCAGGUGCUAUCAGCUUUGAUGAAGCUGUUUUUCCAGUUUCUUUUACAGCCCGUGCUUUGUGUCUGGUGAACUACAUCUUGAUAUACAAUCACGUUUAUUUGUUUUUGGUUGCUUUCCAUUUUUCGGUGUUGCUUUCUUCCUUUUUAUGAACUUCCUUUUAAAUUAGUAACCAUAAUGAUAUGGCUCCAAAGUCAAGCCUAUAAAGCAAGGAGCAUUUAGCGAGGACCUGCUUCCACCCCUGCCUCCCUCAAUACCAGCCACUUACCUUUUUUACUAACCCUUCCUUUAUUUUUUCUUGGAAAUUAUCUCCCUCCCCACUUCCUUACACAAAAAGUACUGUAAUAUAUAUAUGUCUUCUUGUUUUUUUUUAAUGAUAUAUCCCAAAGAGACUACUCCAUAGUAAUUUAUGGAGAUUCCCCCCUUUUCUUUUCCCUCCUCUUUUCCUUCCUUUCUCUCCCCCUCCUUCCCUUCCUCCCCUCCCUCCUUUAUUUUGGGCAGCUGCGGAACACCCUCAAGGAUGGACAUUUGGGUUAAUUCUAGCCUUUUCUGCUGCAGUGAAUGAUCUUUUGACUAUGUUAUUUAAUGUUUUUGCUAGUCCAUCUUUGGGAUACAUUUCUAGAAACAGAAACAGUAUUGCUGGGUCAAAGGGUCCCACCUUGGUAGCUCUGCUAUCACCAAAUCCCCGUCCAAGUUCCCAUCCCCCAGACAAGCCAUAGCUUUGCGUUUCUGCCAAUCUGAUAGGUGAGGAGGGCGGGGCUGUCUCGAGCGCUCCCCAGGAUCUUGUGUCGUCCUGAGAAGCCACAGAGUAUGCUGGCCAAGCGCCCGGGUCUCACUUCAUGCCCGUGUCCGCACAGAGCCCAGCUUUGCCCUCAUGGCCGUGACCCUGGGCAGAGCCCGGAGCCAGCCCCAGGCACAGAGGCUGACUUCUGCACGGGAGCUUCUCUCCAGGCCACUAGUCGUCGUCCUGUACUAAUGCUGGCUUCCGUCACUGCACCGGGACCAGACCCAUUACCUGGGUUAUAUCAUCCAGGCACAAAACAACCCUGGGAGGCAGCUAGGAUCGUCCCCAGUUUACAGAUGAGGAGGAGGGAGGAUGAAGGGUUUCCCAAAAUCACAGCUAAGGAAGCAGGAGAGGCAGCUGGGCUUGUGAGGAGACACACAUGUGCUUAUACACAGGCACGAGUGUGCAUGUUUGCAUUACCCACGUGCACACAUGUGUGUAUCUGUGUCCAUGUGUACACAUACCUACUACGUUUUUACAUGAGAGGGCCUGAAAUGGCCUCCAGCUAGAUCUAUGACACAUGGGGUAAGUUCCUCCGCACAGACUCACUCGCUCCAAGCACACUGAGCGGUAAGGCUCCGCGUGGAUCGGCCCGCCCUGCCCUCUGAGCCUGGUGCGGAUCUCCGCCCCGAGUGGGGCGGGAGAAGGGUGGAGAAGGACUGAGUGCAGCCUCCCCGAGCUCCUGCAGAGAAUCGGCACGAAGGCCGCGCUCCGCGCCUGUGAGGGCGCACAUCCAGUGGCUGCUCACCUGAGGCGGGCCCAGCAAGAGGCCUGCAUUCCUGUGCAUGGGCAGCCAGGCUGGGCGAUGGGCACGCCUCAGAACCAGGGCUUGGACGCCGGAACCCAUGCUGCCUGGAUAUCAUUCUGGAACAAAAUCCCCCCAGGGUACCGAGCCCAGUGUGAGGGGCCUCCCCCUCGGGUGACAAGUUGAAUCUGGAGCCCUCCAGAAGCAGGACAGGAGACUAUGGGUUCCCUCGCGGAGCUGGGGCUGACCUGUCCUCCCCACCAAGUCCUGCUGCUGCCCAGGGACCACGCGACCCGGUGGGGACAACGCAGCCCAACAUCCUUUGCCCUCUCUUUAAGUGCUACCCGGAAAUCGAGGAACAAGGCUGAUGACUCCCCCAUAUCAGAGUCACCUCCUCCUGCUCCUCCGCCACCUGGAACCCAUGGUCCUCCCCAGACGAGCUGCCGAGCCCUCCACAUCGUCCCCACGCACUGAUCGCCAGCAUGCCUGUGGUGCGGUCCGCCACGCCCACUCAGUCCUCGUGUCCGUCCGGCGGCGGGAAGCACAUCGUCAUGGCAACCACCCCAUCCCGAUCCCGGGGGACCUCACCUGGCUGCUGUGCACAGGCCUCUUGGUUUUCGGGUGUUUCCUGGGCUGCUGCUUCAUCCCCUUCUGCGUGGACAGCCUGAUGGACGUGAAGCACACGUGCCCCGUGUGCCAGCAGGAGCUCUUCCGCUACCAACGCCUGUGCUGCCCUCUGCUCCUGGUCACCUGCAGCCAACGGCUGGCCCAGUCAGCUCAGCUCACGGGUAAGAAUGCUUACCUCUCACUUUGAUUAUGCCAGACAGCUGCCUGGAACUUGCCACCCUCAGGUCCAGGUCCACACUUUUAACAUGAGGAGUUUUGGAGCCACUUGUGAGCUGGCCCCUUGCCCCUCCCCAACUCUGCGCUCCAGCCAGAACCCAGAGCUGUCUAUUCACCCAGGCGCCCACUGUCCCGUCUCCCCUCCCCUCGCCUACUCCUGCCUGGCCCAGCAGUGCCAUUGCUCAUGCAUAGGCCUCCGUUACUUUCCCCAGGCCUGGGCGCUCCCAGGGUCUGAUGGGGACAAGGGGUUUCAUGGGAGCUGGGAUGGGGGAGCAAAUCCUCCCAAAUCUCUGUCCACCCCCAACUCCACAACAAGUUUAAUCCUCAGCACUCCUUCAAGGCAAGAGCACAAUAGCUUGAUUGCUCUGCAAAGGCCUGGCAAACGUCUAGGAUGCUGAGGCCCCGAGUUGGUGUUGAAUGGGAUCCCCUCUGGGUGAAACGGGUCUGCCUGGGGAAGUGGUCAGGUGGGGGACAAGCAAGCUUGGGCACAACUAAAGGAUUUUUCACUUUGCAAAACGCGAAAAAUAGCAUUCAUUCAUUCAUCUUUUCCGUUAAAGUGAGUUUCCUAGGGUGUGAGUUAGGGCAGGACAGAGCAGUCGGAAGACAGGCAUGUGAGAUAGUUUAUUCACCACCACCUCGGGAGGCGGUGUUCCCCACCCGCUGUCGGAAGGCACAAGGCCAGCUCGCCUGUCCACGCCCACUAACAAGACCAGGAGCAGAACCUUGACCGAGCCUGAUUCCCCAGAACUCCUGCAUCAGCGAGUCAGGGGGCAUGUGGGCAGAGAGAGAGAGAGAGCGCGCGUGCGUGUGUGUGUGUGUGUCCUUUCGGCAGCCAGCAACUAGAAACCCACCUCUCUCGUCUGACAGAUCAGGACACGCAAUGAAAGUGAACCCAGGGAGACAGGCCCCAGGUUGACAACACAGGUGGCCACACUUCUAGGUUCCAUUUCUAGAAGAGAUCACACUGUCUCAGACGGCGCAAGGGUCAGCUACUAAAGAGAAAGUGAGUCACGAAGACAACACUACCCAGAGGAGCCAGCCUUCUCCUGGGACCUGGGUGGCCACACCUGCCCCACGGGUGCUAGGCAGGGGCUGUGCCAGACCCAGAUGCCUGGGCAGAGCUCCGCUCUCGCUGACUCCACACCUCAGGCGACGUGCUGGCUCCGACCUUGACUCCCGGGUAGGUCCACGGACUGGAGGGGCCAGUGUGGGGCCAGUGCCGUCCUGUAGCAGACACCCUGCUGGUCGCAGCACAUCAGGCCGCUAGUGCUCGGGUCCUCCUCCACUGGCCCGGUUCAGCUGCCGGUGUGCCCACGGGAUGCCCUGUCCAGCUCCAAGCAGCAUCCUCCCAAGGUCACUCCUCAGGCGUUUCUGGGCCAGA